UCUCCUGGUGCUUCCCUCUCUUUGUGUUGUUUUUAAACCACUUGGCUGGAAAGUCUAAAUUAUAGUGGCGUGGUUUACUUUACUUCCAAUCUGCCCAGUGGAAAACGUUUUCUUUUCCCUAAUCACUACAUCGAAAGAAUAAUUUCAGUUACAGAUCUGCUGUGAGCAUUUAUCUGUUCUUGUCCUGUUAUUUAUUUCUCUCUUUAACUUUGCCAUUGUGGCAGUUUGCUUUGUAGUUUUUACUGAUAGAGAAGUGAGUCUGAGGAUAUUGAUCCAAUUCCAACUGUUGGAGAAAAGCUUAUUUCAAGUACUUUCAAAUUAGGUGGAAGUAACAGAAUCUUAUGUCUUCAUCAAUCUGUCUCCAGUUUUUGACUUUAGCAUUAUUUAGCAUUUAUUUUUAUCCUUCCAGUGUGCUUCUCGUUAAAAUCCGUUUCUCCCUUUUAUUUGUCAUUGAACUCGGGUCAUCUUCCUCCUCCAUCUAUUUCCCCCCUCAUCAGUAGUAAAGCGCCCAGGUGCUCCUCACAGGGACAGUUCUAUAGCUGCGCUGGCACUUUCCCCAUUUUGGCACGGUCGCAAACGCGCACGUGUUCUAUUGAUUUUUUUCAAAACUGUCCCUGGGAAAAGUCUUUACGAAUUUUCUGGCCGUGAGCGGAGGGCAACGUGGGGAUCGAUCCGCCGCCUCCCGCGCUCCACGCCGCCGCGGCGCGUCCGCAGCGCGGCGUGGCGCGCGUGAGGCGGCGGCUCCGCUCUCCUGCCGCCGCCGCACUGCUCAAGCCGGAUCCUCGCCUCCACGAGUUGUAUUCUCUUCCCACCUUUGUGUUGUGAUCGGGCUCUCCCAGUCUGUUUCUCACACCCACCCCGGCACCCCCUCCCCCUCCUCCUCCUCCUCCUCCCCACCUUCAUCCCACCCUACCCUACCCCAUCCACCACCCCCUCUCCUCCUUUUAGCAUCUGAAAAGACCACUGAGUGAGAAUCGAUGGCGCAGAGGCCCGCUUGACAGGACAAUAAACCACAAAGAAGGGCCUCGUGAGGACGCAGCGAUGCCCCAGCAGAGGGAGGAUCCGUCCGCGUGCCGCCGCCUCGGCCUGGCGGCCCACCGUCUCCAGGCACUGACGCGCGGCCGCCGUUUCCCAUGAGGCCUCCACCAGAACUCAGCUCGACCGCUCUGUAUGGGGCCUCUCACUCGUGAACUGACAUGGAGGAUGAAGAUGGGACUUGUCUACUUGAUGUUUUGUGUGACCCCCAAGCCCUGAAUGACUUCCUUCAUGGGACCAGCGAGCUGCAGACUGAGGACCUGCUCAUUAACUCCUCCUCUGGGGAGCCCUCCCUCUUCCCAGAUGCCCCGAGUCCGGUGUCUCUGCUGGGGGACGGCGGGGACUCCCCCGGCACGCCCCCGCCCGGCUGCGUGGACCUGUCCUUCCUGGAGGAGGCCCUGCUGUCGUCGCCGGAGGGUGAGGAGCUGCAGGCGGCGCGGGGAGGGGCGCCCGCGGGGGCCGGACGCGAGGCCGAGGGGGGAGACGGGGAGGAGGCGGAGGAGGCGCAGGUGGCCUGCGACAUCCUCCAGCAGAGCCUCCAGGAGGCCGAGAUCACGGAGCAGACCAUGGCUCUGGAGGCGGGUCUGACCCAGGCGGGGAGCUCUCUGUCCCUCUACUCCCCCGGCCCCCUCCUCCCCCCGCCCGCCGCGCCGUUCGCGCCCAAGUCCGUGAGCCUGCCGGUCCCCGCGGCGCCGCCCAGAGACACCCAGGCGGCGGUGGAGCCGCCCCAGCCGUCCCUCCUGGCCGUGGGGCCCGGCUGCCCGUCCCUGAAGCCCGCCCCCCCGCCCCAGCUGAUGGGGCUCCUGCCUGGAAACGUUUUCCCGGCCCCGGACGGCUCCUUCUCCGCCAGUCCGGCGCAGGGCUCCAGUAUGAUCAUCCACAAGGCCUUUCCCAGUGUGACCAGUCGGCCCCUCAUCACCCCCGCCCUCAGAGCCGCGGCGGCAGCACCGGGCCUCGUCCUGCAGAGGGCCCCUCUCCCCAUUCAGCCCAAGCUGCCCAUCAGCAUUCAGCCCAGACUGGUUCAGAUCAGCCCCAAGCCUUCGGGGCAGAAACCCGCCGCCGGCCUCGCGUUUGGCUCCCCAAAUAUUUUGCUGUCCCAGCCGCCGGGCCAGAAGCCUGCAGCUCUGCCCCAACAGCCCGGCCAGCAGCUCUCCAAACCGGUGAGCCUGCAGCUGGUCAACCAGGGCGGCUCCUUCGUGCUCCAGCCUCAGGGACUCUUUCAAGGCCAAAACCAGUUCCUUCUUCCAGGCCAGUGCCCUGUCACCAUCUCGCAGCCUGUCAGUGCCGCUCGACCCCUGCUGACCCCCGCUCACCAGGGCCCCACGCUCCACAGCGUGACCCCCUCCGCCGGCCAGCUCGUCGACGGCUCCCAGAUCCUGACGGUGCCCCAAAGGCAGCUGAACUUCGGCCCCGUCUUCGCCACCCCCGCGGGGCAGCUCGCGCUGCGCCAGGCCACCGUGCUGUCGGCACCCUUGCAGCUACAGUCAGCGCCCCCUACUGUCUUCCAGAUGCCAGCACAGCUGGCUGGAGCCUACUCUGCAGGAGGCCAGGGGCAGCGCGCCACCCUGGUCCACAGCCCGGCCCUCGGAAACCACAUCACCCUGAUCAACAGCUCAGGGGUGCUCCCCUCGGACCUCGCGUCCAUCUCCAUCGUCAACGGCCCGUCGGUGGUCCAGGGCCUGCCCUUCGCCGCCGCGGCUCCUCCGGCGGCGGUGACGGAGGGGCCGCUGAGCCUCCAGCCGGCGUCGUUGGUGCUGCUGCCGGAGAGGGCGGUUCAGGAGGAGAGGGCCGGUUCUGAGGAGUUCCACCAGCUGCCACAGCCCUUCGGACAUGUUCUGCAGCACGUCUCGGUGCAGCCCAGCCCUGCAGGCCUGCAGGCGUCGCCUCCACCCCUGGUCGCCGUCCUGCAGACGCCCCCCGAGCCGCCUCUGGCCCCCGAUCCAGCCGUGGAGGUGCCCCCGGCGGACGUGAGCCAAGCCGUGGAGGAGGUGACCCGCUCCAUGAGCCAGAACCAGGCCUUCAUGGAACAUCUGCACCAGCGAGCACUUAGUUCCCCCAUUCCGCCCGAACUGUUGGUUGGAGCGCUGCCAGCGGUACCGAUGGAGUCGCUGGCCUCCCCUGUGGCCAGUGAGAGAGACACCCACCCUGCGAUGGCGGAGUGCGCCGAGGCCUCGCCGCUCCAGUCGGACUCUGAGGACGCGCCGCUGCUCUGCCCCUCGCCCCCGGUUCCGGACGCUGGGACGUCGUCUUCGGCAGCUUUCUCCCCUCCGCCCGGACCUCAGCUGACUCUACCUGGACCCGGAACUCCGGCCUCACCGCCCACAGCCACGCAGUCCCACGUGGACCCCCCGGUUCCUCACCUGGUUCCUCACCAGCGCCACGUCUCGCAGGCCUUAUUCGCGCAGAACCAGGUGCUGGUCCAGGCGUCCGGCCCGCAGCCUUCGCCCCAGGUCCAGAUGUCGGCGCCCCCGCCUCUGUCCUCCGUCCACAGCAGCCCCCCCCCUCUGCACGUCAGCGUCCCGGUGCCUCAGCAGCAGCCCGACCCCACUGCUGUGUCCGCGGGUGUCUCCAAAGGAGGAGACGCCGCCGCUGUCCGACAGCACACACACAAGCCAACAGCUGCCUUGACCGUGGAGAGUAAGGCGUUUGCUCUCGACGCCUGUCCGGGUCCGGGCUCUCCUGCGGCCCGGACCGUGUCCCCAGCAGCCAGAGAGUGCGGCGCCGUCCAGAUGAGCCAGCCGAGCGGCACCAAGCUGGCGGACGCUCCGGAGCGGCAGCGAGAGGAGAGGCUCACACCAGCAGUGCGCAGGCACAGGUUCCAGCAGCAGCUGUGCUUGGACCACUUAGCGGUCCAGCACUCGUCCACCGGCCCGGCCUUCUCCUCCCUGAAGGAUGCGGUGCGGCGCCUGCUGCCGUACCACACCUGCUCCGGUCACCUGCCCACCGAGGGCGACUUCAAUUUAGUGGAUCAGGAGUUCGACACCGUGUCUGGGUUCCUACUAAAACGCACCAAGGACAUGGUGAACAAAUACAGGCAGCUACUGGUCAGAGAAACCCAGCAGGAGAGUCCAUCGGCGGAGAUGGUGAUGCUGGAGCGUCUCUUCCUUCAGGCCGAGCGCUUCUCCCUAGCGGAGGACAGACGGCGAGCCCGCAGAGACCCAGAGUCGUUUGUGAUGGCUUUGGCAACAUCAGUGUCUUCCCCCCACGGCGCCCACUCCUCCGGCAGCCCCUCCUCCCCACCGGCCUGGACCAGACUGUCUGACCGGCCUCCGGGGCUGAAGACGUACCGCUCAAGCUCGCGCGGUGGUCUCCGGCUCACCAUCAAGCAGGAGUCCGGCUCCCGUAAGGUGGUGCACAACUCGGCGUGCGACGCGGGACUGAAGAGGGACCACACGGGGCAGCUGGCCAACGGCGGCGGAUCCGGGCCCGAGCGCCGCCCCCGGCCGUCCAACGGAGCUGCCCCGCCCCCUCAGCCCCCUCAGCCCCCUCAGCCCGACGAGGAGCUCUCCAACGGAGCGCUGCCUGCCAACACUGUGGAGGACGGCCCGCAGGCAGCGCCCACUUCCAAAACAAACCCUCCUAUGCCACAGGCCGCCUGCUUCGAGCUGCCGCCCAGAGAUGUCAGCGCCCCAAAACUUAAAUGCUACAGGCUGGAUGCGUCGCCUCGGCCGGAGCAUCAGCAUCAGCAUCAGCAGCAGCAGCAUCAGCAUCAGCAUCAGCAUCAGCAGCAGCAGCAUCAGCAUCAGCAUCAGCUGCAGCAGUUCGGCUCGCUGCCCCCCCCCCUCCAGGAGGACAACAUGCUCAGCGAACACCUGCAGAGCGCCAUCGACAGCAUCCUGGAGCUCCAGCGGCUGCAGGGCCCCGCCGCGGCCUCGGCCAGAGCCGUGUCCGGCCCGGCGCUGGACCAGGCCGUCACCAGCAUCCUGGAGGGACACCUCUGAGGUAACGCGCUCGGACGCACCUCAGCGCGGAAAACGGCUGUCUGAGGUGGAAGCAAGCAGAGGAAGGGGUGCCGGACUUUUUAUCUGUCCCUAGAACUGUCAGAUUAUGAAUCGAUUGUUUAAAAAGAAGGGGAAAAAAACUAAGAGGCACUAUAAAGAGAUGCAUCCCAGACAACAGCACUAUCUAUAGUCCCAUAGAUGUUAGAUUCUUCAUUUUGAUGUCUGUUCGUGGGAAAAAAAUCUAUUUGAAUAGGAGCUAUAUUGUUUCAGUGGUAGUUAAGUCAUUCAGAGGUUUACGACACUGGUGUAACCUUCAUCAGCAUAUAGUAUAUAAGUAAUAGUGAGGAUAACGAACACGUGGCGUAGACUGAGAUUAUUCAAUAGUUUUUUAUAAGAUUUCUUUCCAAAAUGUGAAGUUUCUUUUGCAUAGUGCCAAGCUUCCAGGGUAUUUAUUUUGAUAAUCUGUGCCAAUCGUGUUUUCAGACGAGUUGCGUUUGAGGAGCGCGGUGAAUGUGCGACGAAGGGUGUGAAUGUGCGCGUGCGCGACAACAUGGAGUCCCGCGACGGGACGGCGGUCGAAUCCCGCCGCGGGCUCCGUCAUCUCGGCUCGACGAACGGAUACUCCAAAGAAUCUGUGACUUGCUACGUCCUGAAAAAUACACCAGCAAACAUCCACGUUGUGUCUCUUCCCACAAAACGGAGCGCGGCCUUCGCUGGAGGAGAACGAACCCCGAGGCGCACGAGGGAAAAGGAGGCAGUCAUGUUUUUUUAUAGGAUUUGACCCUUGUUGUUGCUGUUGUUGACGUAUACUUUACUUGGUCUCGUCUGGUUUUCGAGACGACGCGUCCCCCGUAUUUGUGUUAUCACGCAAGCAAUAAUGAGUUGGGGUUGUUGGGAGGAGGAGGGAGAGCAAAGUGUGCUGUUUUGGAUUAUUUAACAUUCUUUUCGUCUUUAAAGCCCAUUUUAACGUGUUUCAAGGGCUUGAGGGUCAUUUAUCAGCUAACGACCAUAAAACAGAAGUAGUUUUUUCUAUCCGGAGCCUCUCUGCAUCAACAAACAGCCUUUGACCAAAAACUAGAAGGAGCGUCCGCUUCACAUUUUUACAUUUUGAGGUCGACUUCUCUUUAUUUAUUAAACUAUUGGUCUGUAGCCUGGUGUAUUUAAGCCGAAGACUUAUUUCCUCGCAUCCAUUGUGGAGCAAUAUUGUUUUUGACACAUUUUGUUACAUUACGACAAUCUUUGUGUGUAAAUUCUUUUACGUGAGUGGGGUUCGGUCCUUUGUAUCAGUUUUGCGACUCAUGAAACGCGCGCAAAAUGUCCCCUGUAGAUGCAUUCACCUCCAAGGGCCAAAUGUGAAACCUGCUACGUGAAAUAGCUUCGUUUUGUACUGUUCUUUAAAAAUGGGCUUUAAAUUGGAGCUAAAGUUGGGGACUUCUUUAGAAUAUGCCUUAUUGUAUUGCUUUUAAAAUAAUGUAACAUCUGGUGUCCUGAAAUGUGAAAGUACCUUGUCCCCUUUGGAAAAAAAGACUAAAGCAUCCAGAGAUUUAAUGGUUAAAUCAAACAAGUGCACAAGGAGUUUUAAUAUGCAGUAACUUAGUGCUGAAGCUCUGCAGUCCAGGUGGACACGCCAGAGGAUUGGUACCGACACCUGUACAGUGUGGAUAAAGCUGCAGGUAUCACCUCCAUCUGUCAGGAGUGAGGAAGCAUCAUUACAUUAGUAAAUACUGUGUGUACGCUCUCAGCUUCAUCCUCACCGUACCGACGGCUGGUGUCGGUUCCGCCCUCAGAGGUUCGGCUGUAAUGCAGUAAAGAUGUCGGUGUCUCUUCACGUAGGCUUGCACUCCUUAGCGCCGCUUAACUUCGGAAAGGGGAGCCCCAGCAGCUCCCCCCACGAAGCCGCCUCAUGUGCCAUUGUUCUCGUUCUGUCCAGUGUCAAACACUGACCAUUAGAGAUGUCUGUUGUCAGCUUUUAGGACAAAGGGAUUGUCUGCAUGUUGAGCCACUUUGGUAUUUAUUUGUAAAUGUGUUCCGUUUCAUUUUUUUCCUGACUGAACUGUGAAACCAGGGGAGCUCAUUAUUUACACUAAUUCAACUUCAGAUACAAAACCAUUUGACUGACAGAUUGUUCUGAUGCCAAAAUCAAGAGGCCUUAAUUCAGCAAAACUAGAUUGUAAAAAAACAAAGAAAAAGUCAUUCCUGACAAAAAUCCAACUGAAGACUCCUUUGACCUGAAAAAGUCAUGAGUGAUUCAUAUAUGAAAUGUUAAGAAAACCACUUUUGUACUCAUUUUUACAGACUAUUUAUUAAACUGUGAUUUUGUAAGAAAUAAAAAUGUGAAUAUG